CAGCCGUUUACGCCUUCUCGGGGUCCCUCGGGACGCUGCUCGGGGUCCGCCCCUCGCCCGCUCCCGUGUGGCGAGGCCGAGGCCGCCGCCCUGAGGGGGCGCCCUGAGGGGGCCGCGCCGCGCCAGGCGGGCGGGCGGGCAGGAGCGGGCAGCGGCGCGCCGCCCCGGCCUCCCCCUCCUCCCGGGGGCGGUGCGCGCUGACGCGGCAGCGCCGCGGCUCUCCGCCGGCCGAGUCGCACAAUUAUGAGAAAAAGCCGCCGGGCCGAGGCCGCCGCCAGCGCUGGGUCCCGGUGCGGAGUCGAGCCAGCGCCGUCCUCCUCGUUCCGCUCUUCUCUUCGCCCCCGGAGCGCUGUCCUCGCCCGGCUUUUCCCCACCCAGCCCUCCGCUGCUGCCGAGCUCAGCCCCGAUAGAUGGAGACAGGCCCCGCCACCGCCGACGCCGAACCACGAGCAGGAGCUGCCCGGCGCGAGGAGAGCCAGAGUCGGCGCCGAGACCCAGCCCGGCCCUGAGGAGAAUGUCCCAGAAAUCCUGGAUAGAAAAUACUUUCACGAAGAGGGAGUGUGUGUAUAUCAUACCAAGUUCAAAAGACCCCCACAGAUGCCUUCCAGGAUGUCAGAUUUGUCAGCAACUUGUCAGGUGCUGUUGUGGCCGCUUGGUCAGACAACAUGCUUGUUUUACUGCAAGUCUUGCUAUGAAAUACUCCGAUGUGAAGCUGGCUGAAAACUAUAAUCAGGAAAUAGAAGAAUGGUCAGUGGAAAAACAUACAGAACAGACCUCUACUGAUGCUUAUGGUGUCAUCAACUUUCAAGGUGGCUCUCAUUCUUACAGGGCUAAGUAUGUGCGAUUGUCAUAUGACACUAAGCCUGAAGCUAUUCUGCAACUUAUGCUUAAAGAAUGGCAGAUGGAGUUGCCAAAGCUUGUUAUAUCUGUACAUGGGGGCAUGCAGAAAUUUGAACUUCACCCACGCAUCAAACAGUUGCUUGGCAAAGGUCUUAUUAAAGCUGCAGUAACAACAGGAGCCUGGAUUAUAACUGGAGGAGUGAACACAGGUGUUGCAAAACAUGUUGGUGAUGCUCUAAGAGAACAUGCUUCCAGAUCAUCUCGAAAGAUUUGCACUAUUGGGAUUGCUCCAUGGGGAGUGAUUGAAAACAGAAAUGACCUUGUUGGAAGAGAUGUGGUCGCUCCAUAUCAAACCUUGUUAAACCCAUUAAGUAAACUAAACGUCCUAAAUAAUCUCCAUUCCCAUUUCAUUCUGGUGGAUGAUGGAACGGUGGGAAAGUAUGGAGCAGAAGUUAAAUUGCGGAGAGAACUGGAAAAAACUAUUAAUUUGCAACGGAUCCAUGCAAGAAUCGGCCAAGGUGUGCCUGUGGUGGCACUUGUCUUUGAAGGUGGCCCCAACGUCAUACUCACAGUUUUAGACUUCCUUCAAGAAAGUCCUCCUGUGCCAGUGGUAGUAUGUGAAGGAACUGGUAGAGCUGCAGACAUAUUGGCGUAUGUUCACAAGCAAACAGAGGAGGGAGGGAGUGUUCCUGAGGGUGCUGAGCCUGAAAUCAUUUCAACCAUCAAAAAAACAUUUAACUUUGGUCAAAGUGAAGCAGUUCAUUUGUUUCAGACUCUGCUGGAAUGCAUGAAAAAAAAAGAACUUAUUACAGUUUUUCAUAUUGGGUCAGAUGAACAUCAGGACAUUGAUGUUGCAAUACUUACAGCAUUGUUAAAAGGCACGAAUGCAUCUGCAUUUGACCAGCUUGUUCUUACACUUGCGUGGGAUAGAGUUGACAUAGCCAAAAAUCAUGUUUUUGUUUAUGGGCAACAAUGGCUGGUUGGGUCUCUGGAACAGGCUAUGUUAGAUGCCCUUGUGAUGGAUAGAGUUGCGUUUGUGAAACUUCUGAUUGAAAAUGGAGUAAGCAUGCACAAAUUUCUUACAAUUCCCAGACUGGAAGAACUUUAUAAUACAAAACAAGGCCCAACUAACCCAACACUCUUUCAUCUUGUUCGAGAUGUCAAACAGGGAAAUCUUCCUCCGGGAUAUAAAAUCAACCUGAUUGAUGUGGGGCUGGUUAUUGAGUAUCUGAUGGGAGGAACCUACAGAUGUACCUACACAAGAAAACGCUUUAGAGCUGUAUACAAUAGUCUCAGCGGGAACAAUCGGCGAUCUGGGCGAAAUCCUUCAAAUACUACUCCUCAGAUGUGUAAAAGCCAUGAGUCUUUUGGUAACAGGGCAGACAAGAAAGAAAAAAUGCGCCACAAUCACUUCAUCAAAACAGCGCAGCCAUAUAAACCAAAGAUUGACACUGGUACAGAAGAGGGAAAAAAGAAAAGAACCAAAGAUGAAAUAGUAGACAUAGAUGACCCUGAAACGAGACGUUUUGCUUAUCCUCUCAACGAGCUGUUACUUUGGGCGGUGUUAAUGAAGAGGCAGAAGAUGGCCCUCUUCUUCUGGCAGCAUGGGGAGGAGUCCAUGGCGAAAGCCUUAGUUGCUUGCAAAGUGUAUCGUUCAAUGGCAUAUGAAGCAAAACAAAGUGACCUUGUUGAUGAUACUUCAGAAGAACUGAAACAGUAUUCCAAUGAGUUUGGUCAACUGGCAGUUGAACUGUUAGAACAGUCCUUCCGACAAGAUGAAACUAUGGCAAUGAAAUUGCUAACCUAUGAGCUUAAAAACUGGAGCAACUCAACUUGUCUGAAGCUAGCAGUGUCAUCAAGGCUUCGUCCAUUCGUAGCACAUACUUGUACGCAGAUGUUGUUAUCAGAUAUGUGGAUGGGAAGGCUGAACAUGAGGAAGAAUUCAUGGUACAAAGUGAUACUGAGUAUUUUACUCCCUCCUGCUAUACUGCUGUUGGAAUAUAAGACCAAGGCUGAAAUGUCACAUAUUCCUCAAUCUCAAGAUGCACAUCAAAUGGCAAUGGAUGACAGUGAAAACAACUUCCAGAAUGCAGCAGAUGAAAUACCUAUGGAGGUGUUUAAAGAAGUAAGGAUCUUGGACAGUACUUCAGAAAAGCAUGAUAUGGAGACUCCAGCAAAACCUAAAAGACUUCCAAUUACACAGAAAUUUUAUGCAUUUUAUCAUGCACCAAUUGUGAAGUUUUGGUUUAAUACGUUGGCAUACUUAGGAUUCCUCAUGCUCUACACAUUUGUGGUUCUUGUAAAAAUGGAAGAAUUGCCAUCCGUUCAAGAGUGGAUUGUUAUUGCUUACAUUUUCACAUCGGCAAUUGAGAAAAUUCGUGAGAUUUUUAUGUCAGAGGCUGGGAAGAUUAAUCAGAAGAUUAAAGUGUGGUUCAGUGAUUACUUCAAUAUCAGUGACACAGUUGCCAUUGUCACUUUCUUCAUUGGGUUUGCAUUAAGAUUUGGAGCAAAGGGGAAUUUUGGUGAAAACACUUACAAAGAAAAUUAUGUGUUUGUUGCUGGAAGAAUAACAUACUGUCUCAAUAUAAUUUUUUGGUAUGUGCGAUUACUGGAUUUUCUAGCUGUAAAUCAACAGGCUGGCCCUUAUGUUAUGAUGAUUGGGAAAAUGGUGGCCAACAUGUUUUACAUUGUGGUGAUUAUGGCACUUGUACUACUUAGUUUUGGUGUUCCCAGGAAGGCAAUAUUGUAUCCUGAUGAGGCACCAUCUUGGACUCUUGCUAGAGAUAUUGUGUUUCAUCCAUACUGGAUGAUUUUUGGUGAAGUGUAUGCCUAUGAAAUUGAUGUGUGUGCAAAUAAUUCUGAUGAAAAAGUUGCUCAUCUCUGUGGCCCAGGAACAUGGCUGACCCCGUUUCUUCAAGCUGUCUACCUCUUUGUACAGUACAUAAUUAUGGUUAAUCUCCUUAUUGCAUUUUUCAACAACGUGUAUUUACAAGUCAAGGCAAUUUCAAACAUUGUGUGGAAGUAUCAACGCUAUCAUUUCAUUAUGGCCUACCAUGAAAAACCUGUUCUGCCUCCACCACUUAUUAUUCUUAGCCACAUGGCUUCCCUGUUCUGUUGUAUAUGUAAAAGAAGAAAGACAGACAAGACUUCAGAUGGGCCAAAACUCUUCCUGACAGAAGAAGAUCAAAAGAAACUUCAUGAUUUUGAAGAGCUGUGUGUUGAGAUGUAUUUCAAUGAAAAGGAUGAUAAAUUUCAUUCUGGAAGUGAGGAGAGGAUUCGAGUCACAUUUGAACGGGUGGAACAAAUGUGCAUUCAGAUAAAGGAAGUUGGUGAUCGUGUCAACUACAUAAAACGGUCGUUACAGUCUUUAGAUUCACAGAUUGGUCACCUACAGGAUCUCUCCGCUCUAACUGUGGAUACUCUGAAAACACUGACUGCACAGAAAGCUUCAGAAGCUAGCAAGGUUCAUAAUGAAAUCACACGGGAAUUAAGCAUUUCAAAACAUUUGGCACAAAACCUCAUUGAGGAUGGCUCUCUAAGAUCUUCUGUGUGGAAAAAGCACAGCAUUGGAAAUGUCUUUGGUUCUUUUCCGCAAGGAGGCCUUGAAAGUAAUAAUGCUUUACUCUGUAACAUUUCUAUACGUGAUGAAAAAGAAGCCCAGCAUAAGACAAUUGGUCAGGAGUUAGCUCCAGUUCCCCGAAGAGAAGAAAUAAACUUCCAAGAGGCAGGUUCCUCAGGCAGUGCCUUACUUUCAAAUGCUGUUUCCCCUCCAGAACUUCGCCAACGAAUACAGGCUGCAGACAUCUCAAAAUCCAUUAGUAAAAGUAAAAAAUUAGGCAAUUCAUCCAACAGCAUGCCACAUGUAACAUCCCCAACAGCUAAAUUUUUUGUUAGCACUCCAUCUCGGCCCAGUUGCAAAAGUCAGCUGGAUUCUUCAGGAAAGCAUGAAGAGACUGUUUUCUCUAAGACUACAGAAGGAGAUAAUAAUGUAGAAUUUGGUGCAUUUGUGGGUCACAGGGACAGCAUGGAGUUACAGCGGUUUAAAGAAGCAGCAAGCAAAAUUAAAGAAAGAAGUGCUGAUAUUGAGGAGCAACAGGAAGACUUCAAAAAAGCUAUAUUGGAGGGUAUAGAGAUAACCAGACUUCAAGGUCUUCAAAGUGACUGUGGUCUAAGACAAUCUAGUUCUUGCGGUGGGUUUACUGACCCUCUGGCAGUCCAUUCAGAACAAUUAUACAGCAAGAGUAGAAGAGCAUCGACUGAAGACACUCAGCAAGUAGACUCUAAAGCAGCCUUACUGACGGAUUGGUUACAAGGUAGACCUUCAAAUAGCAGUCAAAUGCCAUCUGAAGAAGAUGCAUUAAAUGGCAUUGCUUCUCCUUUCAAGCCUAUAAUGGAUAUCAAUUACUAUUACUCAGCUGUAGAAAGAAAUAACUUGAUGAGGUUAUCACAGAGCAUUCCAUUCACUCCUGUGCCUCCAAGAGGUGAACCAGUCACUGUAUAUCGCCUUGAAGAAAGUUCUCCCAGCAUCUUGAACAACAGCAUGUCUUCCUGGUCGCAACUAGGACUCUGUGCUAAAAUUGAAUUUUUAAGUAAAGAGGAGAUGGGAGGAGGUUUACGUCGAGCUCUUAAAGUAGUAUGCACAUGGUCAGAAUAUGAUAUCCUGAAAUCAGGACAUCUUUAUAUCAUCAAGUCUUUUCUUCCUGAAGUUGUGAAUACUUGGUCAAGCAUUUAUAAGGAAGACACUGUGUUACACUUGUGCUUGAGAGAAAUCCAACAGCAGAGGGCAGCACAGAAGCUCACCUUUGCUUUCAAUCAAAUGAAGCCCAAAUCCAUUCCAUACUCUCCAAGGUUCCUGGAAGUAUUCCUGUUAUAUUGCCACUCUGCUGGCCAGUGGUUUGCAGUUGAAGAAUGCAUGACUGGAGAGUUUAGAAAAUAUAAUAACAAUAAUGGUGAUGAAAUAAUUCCAACUAACAUGCUAGAGGAAGUUAUGCUAGCUUUCAGCCAUUGGACAUAUGAGUAUACAAGAGGAGAAUUGUUGGUACUAGAUCUGCAAGGUGUUGGUGAAAAUUUGACAGAUCCCUCUGUGAUAAAAGCUGGAGAAAAAAGGUCAUAUGAUAUGGUGUUCGGUCCGGCCAAUUUGGGAGAGGAUGCAAUAAAAAACUUCAGAGCGAAGCAUCACUGUAAUUCCUGCUGCAGGAAACUUAAACUUCCUGAUCUGAAGAGGAAUGAUUACACGCCUGACAAGAUCAUAUUUCCUCAGGAUGAUUCCCCUGAAUUGACAAUUCAGCCUGGAAGCUGCACCAAAGAAUCCGAUUCACCUAAUUCUAUUCGUCUAAUGCUCUAAUGAUGUGACCAAAUCAGUGGCUUCAUCCAAACUUCAUGGAAUGUCACAAAGUUGUCACUUAUCUUUCCUUCACUAUAAUUAAAAGAAAGAUAUGUCAAAACAAGGAUUGCUGUCUUACAAGUGGAAUUUUGGCUGGUCCUUAAUCUAAGGACCUAACAACUUGUGAUAACCAUCUACAGACAACAGCUUGGCGGCUGAUCAUUUUAAAGGUGGAGUAACAAGUAUUUAAGAUACGUUUUUAAAGGGGCUUUUUAGCAGAAGGUUUAUUUUUUAUUUUGUUUCGAUUUAGUGGAAGAUUUUCUCUCUGUAGUCCUGUGGUGUGCAAUAUGCCUUCAACCAAAAGGAUUUUGGUAGUUGAUGUUUUAAGGUAAAGCGUUUGUUUGGCAGCUGUCUUAUUGUCAGUCAGUAAAAGACAGGAGAAAGCACCUACCUCUGUAAUGCCAGAGUAUUCUUUGAGCGUUUUUGGAAGUGUUCCACUAAUGUUUUCUCACCAGAUGUCUUUUAAUCUGGCCUUUUGAAGAGGACAGAGCCAAAGGAGGUGUGUAUACGAUGCCAGUAGGCUGAGGUUGAAGGUAGGAACUUGAUCUGUUCCAAUAGAGAGAGAGAGAAUCUCCAGAAUCAGCAUUCAGCUUCAUGGCUGUAAAGCUGGGGUGGUUUUUUUGGUGGUUUUUUAAUUGUUGUUGUUUUUUGUUUUUGUUUUUUUUGUUUUUGUUUUUGUCGAAUAGAGCCCUAAUUGUGCGUAAAGAAAUUUCUUGUUUUAUACAUUUCAAUUUUAUCAAGUCACCGUCAAAUAGUAACAAAGCCAUGAUAGACUGGUAUAAUCAUAUUUAAUAGAAGAAAUAGUAUGUACUGGUCCAAAUAAGUUGCCUUGUAAGAACACAAGUUGGAAGUGCUUUUCCUCGUACAUAGUGACUGCUUCAGAAGUUAUGCCUUCCAAAGAUCUCGUAAAACCAGUAUAUCAAAACCGAAUGUACACAUAACUUUUAAAUGUAUUUAAAAUCGUGUAGAAAACAUCUUUAAUGUUAUGUUAUUUGUGGUACUUAUUUAAGAGAGACUAGGCUUGGAUUAGCAUUAUGUAAAGUACGGGAGAUUGCAAUGCACCUUCAUGCCAAUAAAAUGUAAUUUAACUGUCCCAAAUAUUGUUGAGCAUUCAGCAAGAAAAAACUGUUGUCCAACUGAAGUUUCAUGCUGCGAUUUUUUUUGUUACAUAGGUACUAAUUUGUAAUUUUUAAUUAAAAGGGCAGUAUAUAGCUCUAUAAAUUUUUUAUUCAGUAGUGUAUCUUAUAGAUACAGACCUAAGGCACGAACACAAUAGCUGUUUAAAUGGUGUUUUAUGUUUGACGGGGAAAGGUAAAAUGUUAUAAGGAUAUAAUACUGUAUACAUUUUGUAUAUCAUUAAAUCUUUAAAGAAUCUAAAAUAAAUUUAUUCUUGUUUACAGA